AUGGAAUCAUUUAUGUGCAAGUCUGACAUGGCCGCGCGGUACAGCAGCGCAAACUGUUUAGAUGUUAAGCUAGUGAUGGAGCUAAAAGGGGAAACUAAGUUGGAGGGAGUGAGAAUGGCAAUGGGUGCCUUUGACUGCCCCAUCUGCUAUGAGCCCCUCAUGCCUCCGAUUUAUCAGUGUGGUGUGGGGCACCUGAUCUGCAAUUCAUGCUGCAUCAGGCUCAACAAAUGCCCCCUAUGCCCAAAGUCUGCCUUCGAGCGCUGCUUUGGCAUGGAGCGCGUUGUUGAAUCCAUUGAGGUUCCUUGUUGCUUCGCUGAGAACGGAUGCACCAAGAAGAUGGCCUACUUCAACAAGAAAAAGCACGAGAAGGCGUGCAAACACGGGCCAUGCUUCUGCCCGGAGCCCGGCUGUGGCUUCUCAGGGCCGGCGGCGAAGCUGCCAGACCAUUUCACCGACUGCCACAAGUGGCCAAAUACGGCGUUCAAGUACUACGUGCAGUUUGGCCUCCGUCUCCAGCCGGGCCCGCACGUCCUCCGUGCCCAGGACGGCACCGUCUUCCUCAUGAACGUGGUGGCAGCGGAACCCCUCGGGCACGCCAUCUCCCUCGUCUGCGUCCAGCCGGAGGCCACGAACUCCCCGUUCGGCUGCUCCAAGGUGUUCUCGUGCUUCACUGACCACUGUCAGAUCUCGACAGUGGCCACUGUGAGGUGCUCGUCGCUGGCUGAUGGUCCGCCAAAGGAUGCGUUCUGCGUGGUGCCCAAGGCAUCUGGAGGACAAGCCCUGGCCAAGGAGCUGGUGACCGGCAGCUCCGCGUCCGGGGUGGCGAGGUCAUCUUCGAACUGGCACCCCUCGUCGAUCCCUAAAUCCUAA